GAAGUCCAAUUUGAGAAAAGAAAAUUGAGUAUUCCGGACAGUUCGUUAAAAUAAAAAUUUUAAAUUUCCACAUUUUAAUUAUUAAUAAUAUUAUGUUUUUUGUUUCAGACAGUGUUGAUUCAUGGCAAACCCCAACCUUCACGCCCACAUAACAUACGCUUUUCUACCAUCAUGAGUCUAUUUUACACAUGCGUUAUCUGUUGAUAAAAUUUGGCAUGCAAAACAAAAAAGAGGAAGUUCAUGUUUAGCAGCCAUCGUGUUUAACAGCCUCUUAUCGCAGUUUCUUUCUCACUUUGGAGCUACUGUUGCUCAUGAUGCUGACUGUGUGGGCUGAAUGUAAUGGUAUAAAGUCACCAACACUUCUACGUAAAUCAAUCACUUGAAUUAUUUGACAGCACUCAACAUUUGGUUUUAAUCACUGUUCAUUAUGGUGUGGAUCAAUAUUCUGCUCAUCUUUACAGUGGCUGCAGUUCAUGGUUUGGACCACUUUCCUCUAAACUAUGUGACCGCUAAAGAAAAAGCCACACUGACAUGCGAAACACAAGACACAGUUGUCACAUGGACUCUGAAUGACCAGGCACUCACAGAUGGUGCUUUUGGGGGAAAUAUUCAUCUGAACGGCUUACUUGUGACAGUGGAUGAAGUAGAUGCCCCUGUCCUGGGUGAAUACGUCUGCUGGAGUGUGGAUGGACACAAAAUCUCAUCCACAUUUCUGCUGGCAGAAGUUGAGGACGAUGACAGCCUUGAAUCUCUGAAAUGCCGGGCAAAGUCUUAUGACUGUUCAUUUACCUGCACGUGGGAUGAAAAUGAUUAUAAUGUGGCGCGUCUUCGUCUAGGCCAAAACUGCAAGAAUAUGACUUGUCAGUGGGUGAACAGCUCAACGAUGGGGCAUGGCAGGUUCCACUUUGCGUUGUCUCACUCACUCUCACCAUACGCUGAGGAGACAACAAUGCUGGAGCUCACCGUCGAGGCCCUUGAUGGUUUCUUCAUCCUGAAAAGAACCAAAAGAUUUUACCUCCGAGACAUUGUUCAACCAGACAGCCCCCGUGUUGUCAGAUGUCAGCCUGUUGGACAACAGCUAAAUGUGACUAUUGAGCCUCCCAGGAGCUGGUCCAGCCCUCACAGCUUCUUCAAUUUGGAGAAUGAGAUUGAAUACAUCUUGAAGGAUAAUGGCGAGAUCAAAAAAUCAUCUUCUGCCCUAAUUCCAAGAAAGAUCAGCAAGUUCCGGGUGCGCUGCAGAGACUCCUACGUGCUCUCAGCCUGGAGCGAGUGGACGCCAUGGAAAAAUGUGAAAAAAGGAAAAGGGAAAAAGUGCAAAAACAUCAAAAUUUCUCCUGAUAUAAAAUGUAAGCGUGUGCAGUGCUGCAAACAAAACAAAUGCACAAAGCUGUUAGCAGAAUAUUGAAGAUGUAUAUUCUGUUACACUUCCUGAAAGUUUUGUGUUUAAAACAAAUAAAAUUAUAUUUUUUUUA